AUGCGGGUAGAGGUCCACCUGCCCAGCGGCAGCAGCUGCUCACUUGAGGUCUCCGACCGUGGCUCGGUCGCCGAGCUGCGGCGUGCUGCGCAGCUCCACUUCCGGCGGGGCUUCCUGCGGCUCGUGCUGAAUGGCCAAGCUCUGGAGGAUGCAUCGACUCUGAGCGGGGCAGGGCUGCAAGAUGGGGAUGUCGUGCACUGCGUGGUGCUUUUUGCCGCGCUGAGCAGCACUGGGCGCGCCUUCGCACUGCUGGUGGGCGACGCUGUGGUGACUUGGGGCUCCGAAGGCGAAGGCGGCGACUGCCAGGUGGAGCUGAAGAAGAUCCAAGCGAUCCAGGCGGCCCGCGAAGGUGCAUUUGCUGCCCUCCGUGAGGAUGGCACAGUUGUGACCUGGGGUUCUCCCGAAUUUGGAGGAGAUAGCAGUCAGGUGCAGGAGAAGCUGACGGGUGUGCAGCAGAUUCAGGCCACUGAGUGCUCUUUCGCCGCUUUGCGGGCGGAUGGCACCAUAGUAACUUGGGGUGACUCCUUCUGUGGGGGCAACAGCAGCUACGUUCAGCAGCUGAAGGGAGCCACAGGGAUCCAAGCGUCAGACUCGGCGUUCGCAGCUCUUCUGGACACCGGCCGGGCGGUGGUGUGGGGGCAUCCCAGCUGUGGGGGGGCCAUGAGCAGUCGGGAGCAGGAGCAGCUGCGGGGGGUCCGGGAGAUCCAGUCCACACGGCUGGGCGCGUUGGCCGCCAUUUUGGAGGAUGGCCGGGUGGUUUGCUGGGGCUUGUCCUCUGAAGGUGGAAACAGCUGCCGGGUGGCAGACCAGCUGAUAGACGUCCAGCAAAUCCAAGGUACUGCCUCAGCAUUCGCAGCCAUCAGGAAGGAUGGUACGGUAGUGACUUGGGGUCUCGCUGCAAGCGGUGGUGACAGCAGCACGGUGCAAGAUGAGCUGGUGGGGGUCCAACAGAUUCAAGCCACCGAGGCCGCAUUUGCGGCUGUGCGGGCGGAUGGGACCGUCGUGACCUGGGGGAAUCCGCAAUUUGGAGGAGACAGCAGCGUGGUGCGGGAGCAGCUGGUGCAGGUCCAGCGGAUCCAAGCAACGGCCAAAGCUUUUGCUGCCAUCUGUCAGGAUGGCACGGCGGUGUCGUGGGGGCAUCCUCAGUCCGGUGACAGCAGCAAGGUACAACAUCAACUUGUGCAGGUCCAGCAGAUCCAAGCUACUCAAAGUGCUUUUGCCGCAAUUCGGGCGGAUGGCACGGUGGUGACCUGGGGAGAUCCGGAUUUCGGGGGGGACAGCAGCAAGGUGCAAGAGCAGCUGGUACAUGUAAGUCAGAUUCAAGCAACCGAGUCCGCCUUUGCUGCCGUUACAGCCUGCGGCACCUUGGUGACUUGGGGCAAUCCAUAUGCUGGUGGUGACAGUAGCAUGACAGUAGCAAGCUGCUGGAUGUGA